GAGGUUGAUGGAAUAAUUUUCAUUUUUCAAGGGUCAAACGUGAGAGAAAGAAAGAAAGAAAGAUUGAAAGCCAAUGGCGUGGAACAUCAUAUUCCCAUAAAUUCCAACCAAUUUCCCCUAGAGCCCACACCAUUCUUUGUUUUUUCCCAUGCCAUUUUCAUCAUUCUCCCUCAACCGUUUCCCGGACCGGAAAAAGCCAACCCCGACGGAAUCCACCGCCACGGACGACGGAUUAGCGGCGGUGAAGGCGGCGGCAUGGGCCUGGUACCAGCAUGGGUCUGGGUCGGAAUCGAAGCCGGUGCGGGAAUUCGGGCUGACAAGACCCAUCACUGUCCCCAAGCCGUCUCGCUACAAGCUCGAAGCCAGCCGAAGUCAAAGUUUAUUGAUUGAGGACAAUUCACAAACACCUAAGCUGCAUAAUAACUCUCUCCUCGAUAGCUACGAAAUUGCGAGCAUUUCUAGACGCUUAUCUGACCUUUUAGAUCCCAGUGAUAUCAAUAAUUUUAGAUUCAGUAGCUUCGAAUCUGAAAUUAUGGAUCUAGGACGACAAAUUGAGGGGAAGACCACGAAGCCCAACAAAUUCACAGCCCUAUGGCGGUGGCGGAGGCGAAAACCGUCGCUGAUGUGCGGUAAAACGGACGAUGUGGUUCUUGGCACUCUCGUCUCCCCACUCCAAAAACAACCCCGCCGCCCCAUGCCACGGCGGACCUAGGCCGCCUUAAGGUUAGUUCUUCACUCAUCCGUACUUGAGUUCACGUUAAAAUUUGCGACUUCAAUAGUUGCGAGUUAGAUAUAAAUUUUAAAUUCUCUUGCAUUAUCCUAAUACUUUAGUCCUAAUCCUUAUAUUUUAAAGGAUUAUUGUAAUGGAUGUAUAAAAAUAUUUUAAAAGAAUUAUAAAUAUAGCAAAUAUAUCUCUGAUAGACCUAUUAAUAAACUCUCUGUAUAAUUUAUCACUAAUAGAUUUUGAGAGUUGGAUAUAAAUUUUGUUAUAUU